AUCCAGAUGACCCUAUUUAAUUGGACACCACAUAAACCCUAAACUAAACCCUGACUUCUCUCUUCUUCCCUCCGAUCAGCCAUGGCCGCCGCCACCGCCUUGCUCCGAUCCCUCCGCCGUCGCGACCUUGCCCCUUCUACUGUCUCUGCCUUCCGAUCGUUUUCAGGCAGCACCAAGACAGCAUAUGUAGGUCGCAAUUGGGCAAGUUUGUCUCGACCUUUUAGUUCAAGGCCGGCUGGUAAUGAUGUCAUUGGUAUUGAUUUGGGUACUACCAAUUCAUGUGUUUCUGUUAUGGAGGGCAAGAAUGCCAAAGUUAUUGAGAAUUCUGAAGGAGCAAGGACAACGCCAUCAGUUGUUGCCUUCAAUCAGAAAGGAGAGCUGCUUGUAGGUACACCAGCCAAGCGUCAGGCUGUGACUAACCCAACAAAUACUGUCUUUGUAACCAAGAGAAUGAUUGGUAGGCGAUUUGAUGAUCCCCAAACUCAGAAGGAGAUGAAGAUGGUACCGUACAAAAUUGUUAAGGCAUCCAAUGGAGAUGCAUGGGUUGAAGCCAACGGGAAGCAGUAUUCUCCCAGCCAAAUUGGUGCUUUUGUUCUCACCAAGAUGAAGGAAACUGCUGAAGCGUACCUUGGAAAAUCAGUUUCAAAAGCUGUGGUUACUGUACCAGCUUACUUCAAUGACGCUCAGAGACAGGCUACGAAAGAUGCCGGUAGAAUUGCCGGUCUUGAUGUCCAGAGAAUUAUCAAUGAGCCCACUGCUGCUGCACUUUCGUAUGGUAUGAACAACAAAGAGGGUCUCAUUGCAGUUUUUGAUCUUGGAGGUGGAACAUUUGAUGUGUCCAUCUUAGAAAUUUCUAAUGGAGUUUUUGAGGUUAAAGCAACAAAUGGUGACACUUUCUUGGGAGGAGAGGAUUUUGAUAAUACUCUAUUGGACUAUCUAGUGAGCGAAUUCAAAAGAAGUGACAAUAUUGACCUUUCAAAGGAUAAGCUUGCCUUGCAAAGGCUUCGAGAAGCUGCUGAGAAAGCAAAAAUAGAACUGUCGUCAACAUCUCAAACAGAUAUAAAUCUUCCAUUUAUCACUGCUGAUGCAUCUGGUGCAAAGCAUCUGAACAUCACAUUGACUAGAUCAAAGUUUGAAGCUUUAGUGAACAACUUGAUUGAGAGGACAAGGGCACCAUGUAAGAACUGCUUGAAGGAUGCUAACAUAUCUCUCAAGGAUGUUGAUGAGGUUCUUCUUGUUGGAGGGAUGACUCGUGUACCUAAAGUACAAGAGGUUGUUCUAGAGAUCUUUGGAAAGAGUCCUAGCAAAGGAGUAAAUCCUGAUGAGGCCGUUGCUAUGGGAGCAGCUAUCCAGGGCGGUAUCCUACGUGGGGAUGUCAAAGAACUUCUACUCCUUGACGUAACUCCACUUUCUCUGGGUAUUGAGACGUUGGGUGGUAUCUUUACCAGGCUGAUCAACAGGAAUACAACAAUCCCUACUAAAAAGAGUCAGGUGUUUUCUACAGCUGCUGACAACCAAACUCAGGUUGGUAUCAAGGUGCUACAGGGUGAGCGAGAAAUGGCUUCAGACAACAAAAUGCUCGGCGAAUUUGAGCUUAAUGGCAUUCCUCCCUCUCGAAGAGGUGUCCCUCAGAUUGAAGUCACAUUUGACAUAGAUGCCAAUGGGAUCGUUACUGUCUCUGCGAAAGACAAGGCCACCGGAAAAGAACAACAAGUCACCAUCCGCUCAGACUCCAGACUCUCUGAUGAUGAGAUUGAGAAGAUGGUCAAAGAAGCAGAGUUGCAUGCUCAGAAAGACCAAGAAAGAAAGGCUCUUAUUGACAUCAGAAACAGUGCGGAUACAUCCAUCUACAGCAUUGAAAAUAGCUUAAAUGAGUACAGGGAUAAGAUUCCCAGUGAAGUGGCCAAAGAGAUUGAAGAUGCAGUUUCAGAUUUGAGGAAGGCUAUGGCAGGUGAGAAUGCCGAUGAGAUUAAGUCAAAGCUUGAUAUUGCAAACAAAGCUGUGUCCAAAAUCGGAGAGCACAUGUCAGGUGGCAAAAGUAGCGGUCCCUCUGAUGAAGGUUCUAAGGGUGAGGGCGAUCAGGCCCCCGAGGCUGAGUACGAAGAGGUCAAGAAGUGAGAAAGUAUGUAGGUUUAGUCUUUUGGUAUUUGUUUUUCCCUAUCAUAACAUAAUUGCGAGAAGAAUACAGGUUUACUCCUUCAUUUGUAUCUAAUGUUUAAAGCCAUUUUUUACUAGUAGGCUAUUUAAUUUGUAAGUACUUUUGGAGUACUGAACGCUACUGGUCGAAUAACGACAUCAAAAUUCAUGCAUAAAUUUUGUUCUCUAUACUACUUGUGAUUGGCUGUUA